UUCCAGUUAUAGAGUUCAGUGGUAGCAACUGCUUAACAACAUUCACUUUGACCAAGGCGACGUCAGGAACUAACGAUGGCCACUUUUAAUGUCUCAUAAUGUCUGAACUUUUUACAAUUGACAUUUAUGUUCAGUAAUAUUGGUAAAUCAAUUUGAUUACCCUCCAUUUGAUAAACGUUAAAAUGUUUAGAAUUGAGUAAACCUGUACGAAAUGACGGCGACUAACGGAACUAAUGUGUAACAAUGUUUGACCCGGAAAAGAUUAGUCGAUAGACUUCCCUAGCAACGAGUACCUCUUAGCAACUUCGUAAAAACAACAUUCACCACAGCGACUCCAGGAACUAAUGAUAGCCACGUUUAAUGUCAAAAUAGGUCUUAAGUUUGUAUAAUUGACGGCAUUGAUGUUCUGUUCUUACCUUAUUUUGAUUUGUUAAAUCGGAAAAUGUUUAGCCAUAUGUAUAGCACCCAACAUUAUCCACGAAUCACAACCGGUGCGAAAAAGUCCCUUUGGGAUGAAGUGUGUGCCGAAUAUGAAGCGGGUCUCCCCAGUGCUCCCGGUGCGGUUUGGACGAGUUCAGAAUCCUCCAAGAACACCAGGACACGCCAGCCUACCAAGGUUAUGGAUGAGGAGGAAGACGAGCUGCUGACAGACCUGGACCCCACCCUGCACCACCCCGCACAUCCCGGCUUCUCCGUGUUUGGAGCACAACCUUCUUCCAAGCACAGACGGCAGACAACAACUACUUUUUGCCCACAACAAUUUCCACAUCCUGUCACAAAGUACAUGGAAGACAAAGUGUUUCCUGUGCUGGUACCAGCACUUGAGGCUUUGCUGAAAGAAGCUGAGAAACAAGGCUGUUUGCAGAAGAAAGUCCUCACGUUUAACCCCAGCGACUUCCUGGUGGAGUGGCUCUACAACCACAACCCCCGCAGGCUAGGGUACCACCCCGUCAAAUUCCACCAAAUCCCAUUUGUCAAAUCAUGGCUCAUCUUGCAUCCGAGGCCUCCUAUGCCUUUGUUUCUUCAGCUGAGUGACGAUGAGGCUGCCGUCAUCAUCCAGUCCUUCUGGAGGGGGUAUAAGGUCAGGGCACAGCCGUUUGUGCAGGAGCUGCGCCAGUGGCAAAAGAACCUGAGGGAAACCCGUGACAUUCCCAACACCGUCAAGGCAUUCUGGGCCCGCGUUGAGAAGCGAGUGGGCUCAUCCAUGACGGAUGUCACCGAAAGCACGGAAAAUUCAGAAAAUUCCGACUUGUGCAUCCAGGUGGUUUCUCCCACCCCGCAGAGCACAGCCGUGCACACACCCACCGACCCGAUGACCCCGGACGGCAUGGAGCGCCUGAGGCCCAGUCUGUACAGCGUGGACGCGAUGAUCAACAUGGCAUCCACGCCGUCACACACACAACCAUAAACUUGACCCAGAAUGCUUUUCGAGUCUUUUGACAGACUGCCACGCCAACAUCACACCGUCCAAAGUAACCAUCACGCGCGCCAUUAAAAAGCUCGUAACCAAUCAAACACAGCCAAGCUCGUCUCAUCAGCUCAUUGCCUUUUAUUAUGGAUCAGCACUGUUAGGAAUGGAAUAUUUUACACAGAAACAUGUUUGUUCUUAUCUACCACACUGGGGAAAACAUUCCAUGCCUAACAACACACAUCUUGCCGCCUACAGCAGGGCGAUCCAACUCGUGGCCCACGGUGCCAAGCAGACAGGAAGUCAUCAACACGGACGCCUGGCUGACUCGUGGUGCCGACAAAACCAACACAACAAGUCAGCACAAGUGCAACAUACAAUGCAACUGCACCGUACAGACUAUAUAAAUAACCCUUCCACACCGACACACACGCAACACAGCUCUACCCGCAAGGCAUGCUGGGCAACCUCGCAGGACCUACUCCUCCCCACAUGCUAAUAUUUGAGAAAUUUGGGUGGCCGCUUGUCAUAGAGGGUGAUGGGAGGGGUCCCGCAGCCAAACCAGUUGGGAACCACUGACAUAGAGGAUCUUUGGUAUAUGACCGAAGCGCUGUUUUUAAGGGCCUACUGUGGAAAAAAAUGCUUGGCACAGAUCCACUAUAUGGCAGGAGUGCUCAAGUUUUUUUUCAGUAGGUCCUAAAAAAUGUAGAGCAUCUUUCAUUGCUGUUUUUAAGGAACUACUGUAAAAAAGAAAUUAAUAAAAAAAAAAAAAAAGAAAAAAACGCUUGUCAAAGAUCGUCUAUAUGGCAGGAGAGCUCAGGCCCCAAAAACAGCAAAACUCCUGUGUCAUUUGGAUGAUCUUUGGUUGUUGUUUUUAAGGACCAACUGUAAAAAAAACACUUGCUUGAGUGUUCUUGCUAAAUAGAGGAUCUUUGACUAGCAUUUUCUUUGCAACAGCAGAGCAUGCUUGCCAUUUAGAGGCUCUUUGACCAGCAUUUUGUUUUUGUAACAGCAGAGUGCUCCUGUCAUAUAGAGGAUCUUUGACUGGCAUUUUUUUUUUUGUAAUUGUGACAGCACAGCUCUCCUGCCAGAGAGGAUCUUUGACGCUAUUGUUUUUUGGCAAUAGCUGUUUAAAAACAGCAGAGUACCCGUGUCAGAUGAGAGCCUCUUUGACGAGCAUGAGCAUAUUGCUUGCGACUUGAUGUCUGACUUGAUUUAUUUGCCAUUAGCUGAGGUCACAUGUGAAGCUAUGGUAGAACCGUGUAUUGACAUUUGAUCCAAAAAAGGAAUAACAGUCCUUAGCUUUGUGCCUUUGCUGGACGACCCUGCUGUUUAUUGUCAAGGCAUUUUGUCAGCUUUAGCUGGAAGCUGACAGGAACUUGUUAUUUUCUCUCUGGUGAGCAACGUCCCUCUGUUAAAAAAAGUGUUUCCACUGAGGGCAGGAAGUGAAGCAGAGGAAAGGGGGACUCCAUGGUUCCAUUGUGCAGCGUCCGUCCUGUUUAGCAGGAAAUGAUGCUCGUGGGGAAGCAGGUGACACAAAGCAACACUUUCAAAUAUCACACAUGCUUCAUUCACCAACACAUAGCUUCCACUUGCAAUAUGAAUAUGAUUAUAAUUACCUACAGUAGUGUAGCUAAUAUUGUGUAGAUAGAGUAUAACACGUCUUGACCUAUCACAGCCCUUUCUAUUCGAAUAUGCUUUGGCACUUUUCCAUCCGUCCUUGAAGCGCCAGCUUUAUGCAGCGUGGCCGUCUUGUCAUUAUAAAUUGCUGUCCUAAACCAUCGCAGACAUAAAUGCGCUACGCAUCGCAGUGCGGGACGAGGAGGGAUGAAGGAGGAUCUUCUGCAGUUCCCGGGAGACAGCUGCUGCUCUUGUGGGGCCAGAUGAUAAAGCAUCCAUUUCAUUUUGAGGCUAUCUGAUAGUGUAGCCGCGUCUGCCAUCUAGCAAGAGGGCCUGAUUGAAAGAGGACGCCAGAAGCAGCGUCGGCUGAGAGCGGACGCCACACAACCGGGUGACCUUUGUUUCCCUUCUUUCUGCAUCUUUAUCCAUAUCCCCACCAACAUGAUCCAUGCAGCACACUUCUACAGAAUGUGUUGGGCAUUUGAUGUGUUAUCAGCCCACUAACGUAGUAGUCAAUGUCGUCAUUGUCCUGAUCAUUUAAAAAUACAUAAUUGUAUGUAUAGUUUAGUAUUAUUUCAGGUGGAUAUGUUAAAGCCAAUAUUUAAUUGGUGUCUGUUGUGUCCACUAGUAGAUCAAAUAAAAUAAAAAUACUUAAAAUA